AAAAAAAAAUACGCGUCGCUUAGAUUUCAGUCUACUAUAACAUAUUACAUGAGAAAUCGGAGAGAUCGCCCUGGGACACCUUCCUUGUCAAUUCCCAAGCCAGUAUUUCCCCCUGGUAGGACUUUUGCCGGGUACCCAAAGCCGAGGCACAGGUGCAACUAGGCACCGUCCUGGUCGGCCUCGACGAGGACCCUCGGUGCGCAAGUCAGCCUAUGCGAAGCGAUUCCCCUAAUUCGUCCGCGUCUGUGUGCUCUCACAAUUGGAUCGGCCAGUGGGGAUACGGGGCCAUUAAACCGAAGUCCUCGAAGGGUGCACCAUCGUGUCCGCGAAGAGUGUCCACUGUGUCGUGGAGUGGAGGAUCAUCGUGGAAAAGCGAGGAGGCAACCCGAGUGAGAGAGUCCGGUGGCCAUAUUGGGGGGUCCCUCGUAUUAGAGCACGUUGCGCCGUGGCAGUAGUCGGUCGAGACUCGGCAGGGAAUUCCCAAUAAAUAAGCCCAGAAGGCGCAUUAACCGGCAGUGUGGUGUCCAGCCGUCGAGCCAUUCGGAGCGCUGUCUACCAACCGGUUGGGAGUCCUCGUUCCCGUCCAGAGUACGGAGUGUCGGUGUCGCCUAGAUGUGAUAAUAGGCCUCGCGAGCCUCCACGGUGACUCCUCCAGGGAGAGGAUUUUUUUCUUUUACGUUUCCUGAUUUAUCGGCCGAGUCGGCCGCCACCAAGAUGUCGGUAAUAAACUGUUGCAAGGUGUUCUCUGUACUUAGAAGUCCCGAGGAGGGCCAGGCGUUAAAGCGAGUGAUCUGAGAGCCUAGGUACUUGGAACGGCGAUCGGCUAGGCUCCCCGAGCUUCACCCUGGGCCGACCUAGAGGGCGGAAUUUCGGAAUUACUUCGGAGAAGGUGCCAGAAGUGCGGUUUGCAAGGACGGACGUACAUAUACAUGUAUAUUCGAUACCGAGGACUUUCCAGUGCCGACGUUGCAGGCUCCUCCUUACAUAACCUCCGUGCUGCGCCGACCAGUGGGCUCUUUUUUCCAGGCCGUGACGUCACUCAGCUGCCUAGUCUGUACUAUUAACGAACUUACCGAUUUGGAAUUCAAGGAAGAGGCCGGGGCAUUUCUUUUUCCUCGUGGGGAGUACAGGAAGUUUCUUCUUGUACCGGUGCCAGGUGACGCCGACGAGCGCCGAGUUUUCCCCACCUGGAAGAGGAACAAUAGAGGAAGAGAGAGAGAGGCGUGAUUCGCGGAAUUGGAGGGACGAACGAGGAAAAAUCCUGAAGUCUUCGAGGCUGGGUAGAAGCCGCCUUCCCUGAGUCCCACGAGGCAGUCGGAGGUAGAGUGGCGACUGCGGCGAACGCGGCGCGCCGGUAGUUGGCCCACCUGGUGGCCGGCAGCGGUACUACGAGGCGGCCCAGCGCGCGCUCGGUCACGGAGAGCCCGCGCUUAUCGGCUUCGACUCGUUUAGAGUAAGGGUUUCAAGCGAAUCUCUCAGCCGAUCCAGUCCGACGGCGACUCCAAGAUACAUCUCUAACCCGUAAUGUAUUUGAGAUCGUGCGGAGGAGUAAAAGGGAGGCACGAGAACAUUAGAGCGCCGCCGAAGUCUGGAACCCCCCGUCGAGGCGGCGGAUCGUCGGCGACCGUAAAGCUCAGACCCAGGUCCAGGGAGCCGGAGGCUUCUCUCCCAGGCGAGGGUGUGCUGCCCCGACUCGUCAACCCCGGGACAAAGUUCGGGGCGGAUCUGGAACGAGGGAUGAGCGAGGGCGAACGGGCGGUCACCACUCCCAGAAUCGGCUGGCGGAAACUCGCCGACCCCGGGGACUGACACCCAUCCGGAGACGAGAAGAAAAUCCCGAAGCGAUAGCAUCAGCUUCGGAUUCUACCAAGUCGUCCCUUCCCAUGCCCUCCUGAAGAAGGACCCCGGGGACUCCCCGCAGGGACAUCGGGACCCGCGACAGGGUCCAACCUUCGGGAAAGGGUCCUUCCUCCCCUGGAAGUCGAGGCUGCGCCCUGGACUCCUGGCUCCAAGUCUCUACCAGAAGCGGAACUCCGAAGCUACCCAGGAAGGGCCCCUUGUGCUGUUGGGCAGAUCGUUGGAGGGGUAUCCUGGGGAACUGGGGCACCGGCUGUACUUAUCCUUAGGGGCGUAAAGGCCGCUCCACGCGCCGGUCGUCGUCGUGGGGUCCACUCCGAGGUCCAUGCCCAUCAGAUGCGAGGAGGUCGUCGUCGUGUCGGUGCUAGGACAUUAAAGAGGGACCCGAAAAUGGCUGGACACCGGUGUCGGUAGCAGACGGCGUUGCCGUAGAGGGACUUUGAUUAGGGUGCCGGUGGAGUCCGAAAGACCCGGCACUAUUCGGGGUGGACCGGAUAUCCAAACUGAUCCUACCAGAUCUAACCACAUUCUACCAAAUCUCACGCUCCCUUGGGUUAGGGCUAAGUGUCCUAUUGUUGGAUCCCACGGAUUGACCAGGUCGGCUGGUCUCGGUGGUGCCGAUACGGUUCUCCACUGACAAUAAUCACUAGCUCUUACGAAUUAGCGAGGUAGUCGUGCUGUUGGUUGCUAAACGAGGUGCUGUCGAACGAACGAUAGGGACGGCUAGGUACAGUAGCUACUAAGCCCACUUUGUUGGGUAUUGAGAGUUGCUACUCCUGGAUUAAACUAAAAAGACGCCAUGCCUGCCACUCCGAAUAAACUGAACCUGGGCUUUGCUCGCAAUGCCUACAACGCUUUUGGGAACAGGAACUCCGGUUCCGGGGCGGAACACCAGCGCGAACAGAAGACCGAACUACUGGAGGGAACCAGAGGCAAUGGCCUCCUCCACCUCAAGAACGGAGUCGACUACAUCAACCCAGGUGAAGAGGACCAGAUGGAGAUUUACGGGUAUAAAAGGAACCGAAUUCUCACCGGCGUCACCUGGUUCCUGAUUAUUCUCACCGGAGGAUUGCUUCGAUUGUUCUUCCAUUGGGUACCCCACCUGAUGCUUCUGGCCACCCAUUCGAAAUGUCCAGCAGAUGAGGCCGAAACGGUGCUGCUGGUGGAGAGGUUCCAGGGAAGGCACACCAGCUUUUACGUGAAGAAACUGAAGACCUUAAGGGCCCAAGAAGUCUCGAAUGCCUCCUCAGACGAGUACACCCUGAUGGAGAGUGAAAAAUGGGCCGAAAAUGGGAACGUCAUCACAAUCAAGGAAGACAAAGGACUUCCGCCGAUGUUGUCCGUUCAUCUGAUCGGUGGUCACUUUAAAACGGUUCCUUCUAUAAUUACAUUCAAGUGCAAAAAACUGACCUACGUUUGGGACACCGAACGAGGAGAAUUUCUUAAGCUUAAAGGUCUUGAUGCUGGAGUCCCGACAGCGACAUUACAUCAAAUGCCCGGCCUCAGCUUUCAAGAACAAUUUAUGAGGCGGAACGUUUACGGGAAUAAUGAGAUCAUGAUUCCGGUGAAGAGUUUCCUGACACUCUUCUUUUUGGAAGUAUUGAAUCCAUUUUACGUCUUCCAAAUCUUCAGCUUUUGUCUCUGGAUCUCCGAUGACUAUUUGCACUAUGCAUUAGCUAUCUUGGCCAUGUCGGUGUGCGGAAUCAUUAUGGCAGUUUUGCAGACUCGUAGGAACCAGGACAACUUGCGUUCCACGGUCCAUUCCUCGGACGUGGCCACAGUGAUAAGGGACCGGACAUCCGGGGAGACAGCAACGGUGCCAGCAGAGCGAUUGGUUCCUGGCGACAUCCUGGCGAUUCCAUCCCACGGCUGUUUAAUGCCCUGCGACGCCGUCCUCCUGACCGGGAACUGCAUCAUCAACGAGUCGAUGCUAACCGGGGAAUCGGUGCCGGUAACAAAGACACCAAUCCCAUCAUCCAACGAGAUCCUAUACGACUCGAAAGAACACGCCAGACACACGCUCUUCUGCGGUACGAAGAUCAUCCAAACGCGGUACUUUGGUAGCGAGAAGGUGCUGGCCGUCGUCAUCAGGACGGGGUUCAGCACCAGCAAGGGUGGUCUGGUCAGAUCCAUCAUGUACCCUCCACCGGUGGACUUUAAGUUCGAGCAAGACUCCUACAAGUUCGUCGUCCUGUUGGCCUGCAUAGCCAGCAUAGGUGUGGUGUACACCCUGGUGACAAAGGCGCUGCGAGGAGUGCCGGCCAGCCACAUAGCCGUCCAGGCUCUGGACCUGAUCACCAUAGUCGUGCCCCCAGCCCUUCCUGCAGCCAUGACAGUGGGCAGACUGGUAGCCCAGAACAGACUGGAGAAGAAGCGGAUCUACUGCACCAGCCCCAGAGCCAUCAACGUCUCCGGGUCCAUCGAUUGCAUCUGUUUCGACAAGACCGGGACCCUGACGGAAGACGGCCUGGACAUGUGGGGAGUGGUCCCGGUCUCCGGGAAGAAGUUCCAGCUCCCCAUCAAAGACGUUCCCUCUCUGCCCCUUGAUAAGCUCCUCAUCGGCAUGGUCACUUGCCAUGGGAUAACCAUCAUAGACGGCCAGCUAGCAGGGGAUCCCUUGGACCUGAAGAUGUUCGAAUCCACCGAGUGGACUCUGGAGGAACCCGAUGUCUCGGAUACCUCCAAAUUCUCCCUCUUGUUCCCUACGGUGGUCAGGCCUCCCAAAGGAUCCAAACUCAACAGGGGGUUCUCCAGUGAUGUCUCACCAGCUAGGCAGAACUCCAUGGGGUCUGAUGUUGUAGAUAAUUCCUCUAUGAACAACAUGGAUAUGGUGUUGAUGUCUUCCACCAAUGGCAUCGCCGAGCAGGGCCUGGAGGUUGGUAUCGUCAGACAAUUCCCGUUCACCUCCAGCUUGCAGAGGAUGAGCGUCAUCACCAGGACCUUGGGAGCCAACCAUUACGACCUCUUCUGCAAAGGCAGCCCUGAAAUGAUACUCAGCUUAUCAAAACCUGAAUCCAUCCCUUCGGAUUUCGCUGCCGUGCUCCAGGAAUACACGUCCGAGGGUUAUCGGGUGAUAGCCCUGGCCUACAAGUCCCUAAAUCGUCUUCCUUACGCCAAGGUGCAGAGGUUGAACCGAGAGGCCGCCGAGACGGAGUUGAAUUUCUUGGGCUUUGUCAUCCUGGAGAACAGACUGAAACCAGAGACUUCCCCGGUGAUAGUGGCCCUAAAUGUCGCCUGCGUAAAGACCGUCAUGGUAACCGGAGACAACAUGCUGACGGCUCUUUCCGUCGCCCGUGAUUGCGGUAUCAUCAAGCCGAACGUGACCGUCAUCGCCGUGGCGGCGACGACGCAGCAGAAUCAAUUGAAGCCUCAGCUGUACUUUACCAAAAGCAACAGCCAACAGAUUCCUACUUCUCCGGCUAAGCAGGCUGACAUCAGCGAGAUGACGGACGUCAACAGUGUCGCCAGUUUGGAGACCAUCGAGAGCGGGUCCUUCACCAACAAAAUGGAGAACGAUGAUAACUACUUAUCUGACGAUGUCCACCAUGUGAAUAGCAAGUACGUAUUCUCAUUGACUGGAAAGACAUGGGCGAUGAUCAAGCAACAUUAUCCUGAACUGAUUCCCAAAUUAGCGACUAGAGGAGCCGUCUUUGCUAGAAUGUCUCCGGAUCAGAAGCAGCAAUUGGUCCAGGAACUUCAAUCUCUAGGAUACUAUGUCGCAAUGGUGGGCGAUGGAGCGAACGACUGCGGAGCUCUGAAAGCUGCCCAUACGGGGAUAUCCUUAUCAGACACGGAGUCAUCGGUGGCAUCGCCGUUCACGAGCAGGGAGACCAACAUAUCCUGCGUCCUGACCGUCAUCAGAGAAGGUAGAGCAGCCCUGGUGACAUCCUUCGGCAUCUUCAAGUACAUGGCAGCCUACUCGCUUACGCAGUUCAUCUCCGUGAUGAUCCUCUACAGCAUAGAGUCCAACCUGACGGACAUCGAGUUCCUCUACAUCGACCUGUUCAUCAUCUCGAUAUUCGCGUUCUUCUUCGGCAGGACGAAGGCAUACGACGGCCCCCUGGCGAAGGAGCCUCCCCUGACCAGCCUGAUAAGCGUCUCGCCCAUCCUGAGCCUGGUGAUGCAGAUAAUGAUAGCGAUAGUCUUCCAAUGCGCCAGCUUCAACCACCUCCAGCAAAUGGAGUGGUAUGUUCCUUACAACUCCAGUGGCCAGGUAGGGGAGGAUAACGACAACGUGGGGUGCCUGGAGAACUACGCCAUCUUCGUGGUGAGCUCGAUGCAGUACAUAACCCUGGCCGUGGUGUUCUCGAAGGGAUACCCGUACAGGAAGUCCCUCUUCACGAACUACGGACUCCUUGGGUCGUUCAUCCUCAUCACGGCAUUCAACGUCUACCUCGCCCUGGGACCGUUCGACCUCUUGGUGGACUACUUCGAGCUGGUCCUCCCGGAGAGCGUGGGGUUCCGCUUCGUCCUGCUCCUCUACGGGCUGGUCAACUUCCUGGUCUCCAUGUUCGUCGAGCACUUCUUCGUCGAGUACAUCGUCUUCGGGAAGCUGAGGUACCGCUGGCACAACAUAGACAAGUCCAGGCGGAAGUUCCUGGGGAUAGAGAGGGACCUGGCGAGGGACCACACCUGGCCACCCAUCUCCCAGGAACCUCUCCCGGAAGCCGCCCCGGAUCUUCUGAUCAGGCAGAACGUCACGGAGAUCAAGAUCGAGAAGAGAAUCUCAGAGCCCUAUCAUGCCGAUAGCUUCGCGAACGGCCCCGUCGAUCAGCUGGCCAACUUCAAGAGGUUCGGAUCUGCGAGGGAGGUUACCCUGAACCCCAGGUCGCUCUUCAAGGAUAGGAGGAACACCGUCUCCAUGCAGACCGUCACCUACCUCGAGGACAAGGAGUCGGGACCCACCCUGGCGGAUUCGGACCCCAAGAGGAGGCACAACUCCGAGUCGGAGAACGGGAUUCACAAGAUGGAGAAGCUGUUCAAGAGCAAGGACACCAACCCCAUCGCUACCUUGCCCAGGAACCCUCUGGUGGGGCCACAUCAGACCCUCUCCCACUUUAAGGAUGUCCUGGUGCACAAGAGCGAGGACGGGGGCUUACAGGCUGGGACUCAAAGUGUCAUGGAAUUGGACAUCCUGCCGUCCUGAGAUCCGAAGUCGAUCGGGAAGCCGCGGGGCCCCGGCCGCCAUUUUGGUUCCCUUCUUUCCGCCGCUCCGAAAAUCUGGGAAAGUCUGUCCUUAGAAAUUUGGAAAUGCUUCCUAGGGCUGUAAUUAACGGGAACCUGUUGGGGUUCAUCCGUAAGUUUCAGCGGUUUAUUUUAUUUUAUUUUAUUAGUUCUUUCUCGCCAUUUUGCCCUUGGCAAAGGGUAUAUAUGGCAUUCGAGAGACCCUUUUCUUGCGUUUUCUUUUCGCUUUUCUUAAGGACUUAAGGUGAUGUGAUUGCGUGAUAUGUACAUAACUAAAAGUCAAAAUGUUUAUACAACUUUCCUACAAACUGGGUGCUGAGAAUUAUCUGGAACUUUAACACGUGAUUGCGGAGGCCCUAGGGAAUAACGCGCUGCUCGAGAAAUUUCAUUUUUUCGAAAAACAAUGUGUACUUAUCUUGGACGAGAACGAAAAAGAGAAAUUUUUUUUUUUAAGAAAAAUGAAAUUUUUCUUCCUUAGAGCCUCCGUAAUCACGUAUUAGUUUUAAAUAAUUUGGUACACCCAGUUUGGAGAAAAAUUUCAUAAAUGAGACCUCUGCAAGCCACUUUCACAUCACCUUAAGCUUUUAAGAAAAACUAUGCCUAUAGAUAUGUAGAGCAAGAAAAAGGCUUUCGAAUGCAUAUAUACCCUUUCUCAAACAAAAGACAAAAUACCGAGAAAGAAAUAAAAUAGUAGGGCAACAAAAGGGCUUUCGUAUGCAUAUAUACUCUUCCUCAAACAAAAGAUAAAAUACUGAGAAAGAAAUACUUGACCAUUUUAUAUGACCUUAAUUUCUUCCGAAAUUCGGGCUCAGGUUUUCAAUUGUUCAUUAUAUACAAAUCUAUAUAAAAUGUUUUAAUAUUUAAACAGUCCAACACUGUCCCUUUCAUAUCACCUUAAUUUUUUCCAAAAAUCGGACUCAAUAUUUCGAUUCUUCAUUAGAAACAAAUCUGUGUAAAAUGUUAUUAUAUUUAAACGGUCCAAGAUUUCGACUCUUCAUUUGAAACAAAUCUAUAUAAAAUGUUUUAAUAUCUAAACGGUUCAAAAUUGACCCUUUCAUAUCACCUUAAUUUCUUCCAAAAUUCGAUUCUUCAUUUGAAUCAAAUCUAUAUAAAAUGUUUUAAUAUUUAAACAGUCCAACACUGUCCCUUUCAUAUCACCUUAAUUUCUUCCAAAAUUCGGACUCACUUUUUCGAUCCCUCAUUUGACACAAAUCUAUGAACAAAUAUUUUGAUAUUUCAACGGUACGUAUUUAUAGACAGGUCUGAUAUAUUUUGCGACCCUUGAGUCGAUUGGAAUAUCGAUCUGGAAGUGAUAGCCCGGAUAGAGAAAUUUGGAAGACAUAUUCCUAGGGAUUUUUGGAGCCGUGGUUCACUCCGAAAUGGUGCCUUCGCCCCCGAUCGCCGAUCGAUCAUGGAUCAUCGAUCGUUCGAUGGUGCUACGACUACCUUAAAUUAAACCUGACGCGUAUCGAUGCCCCGAAUGCAUUUACAAGUAAUUACGCGACAUUGUUCUAGAGCAUCAUGUACAUAAGAGCAGACCCGGGGUCCCUUUUGACCCCAGGAGUCAAACUUAGUAUUCGAAUCGUUCCCCUUGUCGAGAAAGUAUUAUUAAGAUGAUAUUAAAGGGUCAUCCUAUACAUCGAAACGUGAAAAUAUAUAUAUAAAUAAAUAAAUAAUACCUUUCUCCAAUCUGGGUGCACCGUAUCAUAUGAAACAUCACCAAUUGAUAAGGAAGGCCCUAAGGAAGAAAGCGAUGAUCGUGAAAUUUUAUUUUUCAGAAAAAAAAAGAAUUGUUUUUUAUUUAUCCCAGACGAACUAGGAUUAGUUUUUUUUUUUUUUUAAUGAAAUUUCACGAGCAUCGUGUUUUUUCUGAGGGCCUACAUAAUCGCGUGCUAAUGUUUCUAAUUGUUUGAUCCACCCGGUUUGGAGAGAAAUUUUUAAUAAAUAUUUUCACGAUUUUUUUAUAGAAUGCCCCUUUCAUAUCACCUUAACUAAGUAGAAGUCCGUAGACUCUAGGGACCCUAGACGAAAAAGGUCUAGACGGACGAAGUCUCAUCGUGCGAAAUCUCCCGAACCUUUCUCUUCUUAUAUAUUUAUUUUUUUUUCAGUACUAUCAGUAAUCCAUGAUAAUUGGCUAGUAAGGGAGUACGUGCUCACUUCAGUAUGUACUCACUUUGAUUACACGCAUUUCAGAAUCAACCGACCCCAUUAAUAUACACUGAAAAAAGUCGCAACAUCCUAAAAUAAAAAAACGUAGGUAUCAGAGAUAAAUAUACAUCGCUUAGAAUAGUAUAAAAAUGGUGAUUCAAUUUUGGUCUGAACAUUAUUUAUAAUUACCGAGAUAUGGUCAGAGAAAAAAUUUCCUUUCAUUCUGAUAAACGAUAUAUGUGGUCACUGAUAACGAUUAGUUCAUUGUGCUGAACGAUACAUGUGGUCACUGAUAACGAUUAGUUCAUUGUGCUAAACGAUACAUGUGAUUACUGAUAACGAUUAGUUAAUUGUGCUGAACGCGAUACACGUGGUUAUUGAUAACGAUUAGUUCGUUGUGCUGAACUAUACAUGUGAUUACUGAUAACGUUUAGUUCAUUGCGCUAAACGAUACAUAUGGUUACUAAUAACGUUCAGCACAAUGAGAGGAAAAUUCAUCAUAUCUCGGUAAUUAUAAAUAAUAUUAUCUGAUGCAUAUCUGAUAUGCACGAUUUUGAUUUCUGGGUUUUGGCAUUACUUUUACUAAGCAGUGUGUAAAUAAUUGACAUGCACACGAUACAUAUCACUGUCUACGAGUAGAAAGAAAAGCGUAGAUAAUUAAUUAUUAAAAUUGUAUCAUAUCCAGACGUGGGAAUUUGUACAUUCGAGAAACGAGGCGUGACGAGUUUUGUUGUUAACGUUUCGGCCAUAUUUAUAUUUGUUUAAAGGUCCUGUGGCACGUCUAAUUGUACAGAGGAUGAUUUUCUUACUUACGUACACGUACUUACCACCGCCCAUAAUUUUAUCAUUGAGUACUCGAUGAUUAAUUUUAAUAUUAAUCGAGCCUCAUCCGCCGACGAAAAUAUAUUAUAUAAAAUUUAUAAUACAAGAACGAUAUAUAAAUAUAUUGUACAUAAAUUUACGUACGUAAAUAUAUUGUUCUUGUGAAUGUA